CCCCUGUUAUGAAUUGUGUCCCUACUCCCCAACACAGAUUCAAGAUGGCGGCUUACAUGCAAGCUGUAGAAACUUGAAGUUCAACUAAGUCAUCAAGUAUGGAGGUAGUACUUCUGCUAGUCAGCAUUCUACUUCUGUUUGGGCAGUACGAUUGUGCCCUCCCCAUUGUUUAUCUUGCUGAUAGCUGCAACAGCACAGUUCAAGCCAGCAACGGAGGUUUUAUCGAGCCUGACAAACGCCUGCUGUACAACAGCAACCUGGACUGCUCUACGGUGCUGACCGCCGACCCGGGCAAUCGCUUCCUGCUGCGUUUCUAUCGCUUCAACCUAGAGGAACCAGUCAACGGCGUAUGCGUGGAUCACCUGACCAUCUAUGACGGACUGGAUAGGCUCAGCCCGCUGUCUGCUGCCCUCUGUGGCCGGACAAAAGUAGCAGAUAUCGUGUCCAGCAAUAACAGUAUCAACUUUGGAUUUAUGACAGACGGAGACGGAAGUACGAAUGGCUUUGAGAUAUUCUAUUCAGUUUUCACUGAUGCGCCUUGUACUGUUGACCAGUUUGCCUGCAACAACAGUAGAUGUAUUGAUGCUGCACUGAAGUGUGACAGCUACAACAUGUGUGGUGAUAACAGCGAUGAGACAGAUUGUGACGUUGUCGUGAUUGAAGACACAGGCCUGAGUGCGGCAGCCAUCGCCGGUAUCGUAGCCGGUUCCCUGUGCCUGGUUCUCCUCAUCAUGGCCGUGAUCCGAGCCAUCAUACACAGGUACCAGUCAAACCAACUACUCAAGCAACUCUUGGAUGAGAUGAGCAAACAACCGACGACCAACGAGUAUUCCGACAAGGACUUCUGGGGUGAUAAGAAACCCAUUGAGGAAUAGGGCAGACGCAUGUCAAACUGGCAGUGGUGAGUUUCUUCCCGGAUUUGUCCAGAUUUGUCCAGAUUUGUGGAUUUUGGAAAAAAAGCCUAUAUGAGACCAAAUGUGGUGAAAAAUGAGGGGGAAAAAACAGAAAACCAUCAAUUAUUACUUUUACCUUUUACUGCAACGCAGACAUCUCCAUAUGAUCGUACGCAAAAAAAUUGCCCAAAAAAUAAACAUUCCCUACCUACCUACCGUAUUUUCAAACGCCAUGUAAUCGGAAGCAGAUGUUUUGGGGGUUUUUUUUGGCCUGAAGACUUUUCUUCCCUUUUUGGGGGGUGGGGGGUUUCAAAGGUUUUCAUGAAAUAGUUGUUUUGGGCAGUUUUUAGGAGUGCCUUUUUAAGCACUGCAAUUUCUCCUUUCCGUAGAGUUUUUAUAUUUUCCCCAAAUUUCACCCAUGAGUAUAUAGUGAUGGCUUGAAAGGGUAUAGUUUUUAAAAAAUGACGACUUUUUGAGGACACAUUAGUUCAUCUUUGAUGUUGCUAGCACAGAUACUAUAUUUUUUAACCUAAAUGGUAACAUAAACACCAUUGCUGAAAGAACAUUACUACUAAAACUUGUGUGGCAUUCUUUUGAAAGAAAAACCAAAGAUCAAGUACACACAUUUUUAAAACUGCCGAAGCAAUAUAUUUGUCCAGAUUUCAAAAUGUAUUCAAUGAAAUGAUUUGUGGUUGACAUAAUGUGCGACGAGGUUCUCAAUAAGAGAGUUGUUUUAAAUUAAAGAAAGUUGUCACCUUAAAAUUGUAUGGAUAUAAUUGUUCUAUUAGGGGACUCAAAGUGCAAACAUAGAUUUGGAAAAAAAAAAAUUGGCAAGAUGACUGCACUUUAAAUUCAGUUAUGUUCUUUGAUGAGUGACUCAGCCAACGAUGAGAAUGUUAAAACAGAAGCAUACUACAUAAUAAUGUUUUACAUUCCUGCUAUGUGAUUCUAUAAAUUAUAUUUCUUCAGUCCAACCCCAUCCCCCCCCAACCGUGUGAUAGCAACGCAACAACUGCACAGCCAGAUACCAAGUCCAAAACCUAGUCAUAUACGGUCAGGCACCAUUUUUGACUCCAUGCUAAAAAAAAAAAUCUAAAAAUAAGAAAUAAUAAGAAAUGCUGUAACAUACACUCCUCCCGCCCUUUCUUAUUUUUAGCGACCGGAGCACAAAAUAAACAUUCAUGCCAGUCAGACAUGAUAUAUGUCGCCACGCUUGACUGCUCAUAUCAGCUGCGACAUAUUAUACGCAUGUGUGCCAAAUGUGAAGCAACAUAGCUCGGGUAUCUGGGCCAGCUUAAUGAAAAUAACACAUGCGCUUGCUUGGAUAUCAAUUAUCAUAUGUGGCCCGCCUUACAGCAUCUCUCAUCUUCUUCAUCUGCUCCUUGUCUAUAAGAUAAGCAGCCUGGCCAGGAGAAUAAGGAGUUCUGACAAUUGAAUUAGUCUAAGACAAAUUGCAAAGUAAUAAGAUGAAAUUAAUAUCACCUGCGCAGAUUACUCUCGUUGAUUCAGCCAUUUUGCUCGUCCAAUUUUUCCAUCUGCUGCACUGAAUCAUGUUUAUUGAAUUCUUAAUACACCCUGUCAUGUACAGUACUACGUUACAGUUGUACAAAUUGAUGUGGACUUUUAUAUACAUUAGUUAAUGGAGAAUCUAUUACAGAUAUCUCCCUUAUUUAUCUCUGUCCUACUUUCCAAAUUAAGAAACAAAUGCAACAUGUCAAAAAUCAAGGUCAUACUUGCAUACAAACCACAAAACAAUUAAAGAAAAUAAACUCAGAAAACUAAAGAGAA